GCAAGUAUUUAGAGAGUUGCAAAACACUUUCACAGAAAACAUUCUCUCUCUUGUGGUACUCUUGUUUGCAUUCUCUUGCCUUGGUUUUUCACCGCUCAUGCCUUUCGCUAGGAAUAAAGCAUGGCUGAGACCAUGGUGGUAGAAGCAGCUCUCUCUGCAAUCUUUCACGCGGUAUUUGAAAGAAUAGCUUCUUCUGGCGUGGUCAACUAUUUCAUGGAAAGGAAACUCAAUGAUGAAUCACUACAAAAGUUGAAGAUGUUCCUGCUGUCUGCUAAUGCGGUGCUCGUUGAUGCGGAGGAGAAGCAAAUUACAAACCCAGCUGUGAAAGAGUGGCUGGACGAGCUUAAUGAUGCUAUUCAUGAUGCAGAAGACCUUCUCGAUGAGAUUGCCUAUGAAGACUUGCAAUAUAAUUUACGAGCAAAAUCUCAAACCGGCACUAGCAAGGUAUGGAAUUCCAUCACUGCUUUUAUUUCAUUUGACGAAGGGAUACCAUCUAAGCUAGAAAAGGUUCUGGCAAAAUUAAAAAUUAUAAUAGAACAAAUAGGUGUCCUCCAUCUGAAAGAGGUUGCUAGUGGGGUACCAUUAUCAUCAUCACGACCAACAACUUCUUGCCAAGAAAAAUAUGAUGUGUUGGGUAGAGAUAUGGAUAAAGAAGCGAUAUUUGAGUUGUGGCAAUCAGAUGAUGCAAGUAGCGAUGAGAUAUGUGUUGUGCCCAUAAAGGGUAUGGGUGGUAUUGGCAAAACAACUCUCGCUCGAUUUAUAUAUAAUGAUAGUAGAGUAAAUGAGAGAUUUGACCUCAAAGCAUGGGUUUGCGUUUCGGUGAAUUUUGAUAGUUUUAAAAUAUUUAAAACUAUUCUUGAGGAGGUCAGGUCCGCUAAUGACUUUCAAAACUUGAAUUCUUUGCAAAUUGAAAUUAGAAAGACUUUGGCAGGGAAGAAAUUUUUUCUUGUUUUAGAUGAUGUGUGGAAUGAGAAUUAUAAUGAGUGGGAUGAGUUUCUUAAAGUCUUUAAAUGUGGGGCACAAGAAGUAAAGAUCAUUGUUACCACACGGAGUGAAAGAGUUGCAUCAAAAUUAUGCACAGUACCAACUGAUCAUUGUCUAAAAGAAUUGUCAAAUGACAGGAGUUGGGAUUUAUUUGUACAACAUGCAUUUGGAAAUGGAAAGUUUUGUGCAGACCUAGAGGUAAUUGGCAAACAAAUUGUCAAAAAGUGUAGAGGCCUACCUUUAGCUAUAAAAACAGUUGGGGGUUCAUUGCGUUCAAAUCAAAACCCAACACAUUGGAAAAAGAUUUUGAAGAGUCAUAUAUGGGAUUUACCAGAAGCUAAAACUAAUAUCCUCCCAGCUUUAAGGUUGAGCUAUCAUUACCUUUCAUCGCAUUUGAAGCGAUGCUUUGCUUACUGCUCAAUUUUCCCAAAAGAUCAUGAAUUUGAAAAGGAAGAGUUGAUCUUGUUAUGGAUGGCAGAAGGUUUAUUGCAGCAACCCAAAGAAGAUAGGAGUAUGGAACCUGAAGAAAUAGGUGAUGAAUACUUUAAUGAUCUAGUAUCAAGGUCAUUUUUCCAACAAUCAAAUAAGUCUAAAUCACAUUUCUUGAUGCAUGAUCUUAUUAAUGACUUGGCAAAAUCUAUAUCUGGGGAAUUUUGUUUGAGGUUGGAGAAUGGUGAGCCCAAUGGAGUAACAAAAAAGACACGUCAUUUGUCAUAUUAUAGAGCUAACAUUGAUGCCUCUAAGAAAUUUGAGAUCCCUUUUGAGGCUAAAGGCUUGAGAACAUUCUUAGGAGAAAGAUGGUUAUCAUUUCUGUGGUGUGAAUCUAAGGACAUAAUGAAGAUGAUAGAUCAUGAUUUGUUUCAGAAAUUUAAGUGCUUACGAGUGUUAUCAUUUUCUGGUAAAAACAUAAGAGAGUUGCCAGUUUCUAUUGGUAACUUGAAACAUCUACGUUAUUUAAACAUUCGUAACACUAGAAUCAAACACUUACCUAAUUCUUUAUGUAACUUGUAUAAUUUGCAAACCUUGAUAUUAUCACCAUACAUUACUGAGUUGCCGAUCAAUAUGGGUAAACUAAUCAACUUGCGCCAUUUGAAUAACAGUGAAAGCAAAAUGAAAAAGAUGCCACCACAAAUGGGUAAAAUGAAGAAUCUCAUAAAAUUACAUAUUUUUGUGGUGGGAAAACAUGAUGGGUCUAGCAUUAGCGAGUUGGGAGAGCUCCAACACCUUUCGGGGAAAUUGACUAUAUUGAACUUAGAAAAUGUUCAUUGCAUUAAUAAAGAUACUAUGGAGGUUAUAUUAAAGGAUAAGCAAGAUCUAUCUAAGUUAGAGUUGAAAUGGGAGCAUGGUCAUGGCACUGAUGAUUCAGAAGAGGAAAGAAAUGUGCUUGAGCAGCUGUGUCCACAUACAAAAUUGAAUUCUCUCACCAUUGAACAUUAUGAGGGCACAAGCUUUCCAAAUUGGUUAGGAGAUUGUUCAUUCUCUAAUAUGGUUUCCAUAGUGCUAAGGAAUUGCAAGUAUUGCUUCUCCUUGCCUCCAUUUGGACAACUACAUGCCCUCAAGGAACUUAAAAUUGAAGGUUUUGAUAGAUUAUUAGGUGUGGGUCAUGAGUUCUAUGGGAAUGAUUCUUCUACAAUUAAACCGUUCAGAUCCCUUAAGUAUUUAAGCUUUAAGAAUAUGCGAGAGUGGCAGGAAUGGAUUAUAUUUGAAGAUGAAGUUUUCUCUUGUCUUCAGUGGCUUCACAUAAAUUAUUGCCCCAAGCUAAGCAAGAAUUUGCCCAAUCAACUUCCCUCUUUGACCAAACUUGAAAUUAGAGAAUGUAAGCAACUUGUUGCUUCAUUCCCUUGGGCUCCUGCUCUCCAUGAAUUGUACUUUGAUGGGAAAAUACAGUUGCCAAGUGAUCGUUACUAUCCAUCACUUGAAAGUAUGAUCAUGAUUGGCGGCUGUGAUUCACUUUGGUCAUUUCCAUUACAAUUUUUCCCUAAACUCAAAUUUAUCGAAAUUUUUAAUUGUAAGAACCUUGAAUCUCUUUCGGCAUCAACAGGAUCUCAUCUGGAUCUUACUUCUCUCACUUAUUUAAAAAUCUCUAGAUGCCCAACUUUUGUAUCUUUUCUUAGUGGAGGAAUCUGUGCUCAAAAAUUGACAGAGAUUGAAAUCUUUAGUUGCAAAAAGUUAAAGUCACUACCCGAAGGAAUGGUCACCCUCCUCCCAUCUCUUUCGUCUUUGCAAUUGUACAACUGUCCAGAAUUAGAUUCAUUUCCUAAGGAUGGUUUGCCCUCCAAUUUAAAAACACUUACGAUCCAGUAUUGUGAAAAACUCAUUUCCUGUCGCAAGGAGUGGGGAUUGCAAGCUCUUCACUCUCUGAGAGAUUUCAUAAUUUGGAGUAAAUGCGAAGAAUUGGAGUCCUUUCCUGAGGAGGCGUUACUCCCUCCUACUCUUACCAAUUUCAGCAUCUCAAGUUUUCCAAAUCUGAAAUCACUAAAUGGUAAGGGGUUUCAACACCUCACCUCUCUUCAAAGCUUGACGAUUUGGUCCUGCGAUAAACUCCAGUGCUUACCGGAACAAGGCCUGCCCACCUCUCUUUCUGUGCUACAAAUCUUUGGUUGCCCUUUGUUGAAUCAACAGUGUGAAAAAGAAAUAGGGAAAGAUUGGCUCAAGAUUGCUCACAUCCCCUAUAUAGAGAUUGAUUGACAUGAUCAGACAACAGGUUUAGUACAUAUCUACUUUGGACUUUUGAAGUGCAAAAGACAGACUUUUCCGAAAAUGAUCAACCUAGGUAGACACUAGGGGGGUUGAAAGAUAGUGCUACUUAUUUACCUUCUAAUAGCAGAUGAAACACACUGCUCAUUUUUUGAGAGGAAAUUUCUCAAACUCUCUCUCUCUUUGAUAUUUUGGAAUUGGUGGUGGAUGGAUAGAUGUCAAUUCCUGCUUAUGUGUGGAGAGGAACUUUCUCAAAUUCUUUCUCAAAUACUUGUUCUAUAACAUAUUAAGGCCCAUCUCCGAGCACUCUCAUGUUUUUAGACACAAAAUGGGAAAAAUGUUGAGGCCAACACUACAAGCAUCUUCUGUUUAGUUCAAGUUUUGAUUGCCAUAUGUACCUUGAUGUAUUGAAGAGCAGAAAAGAGAAUUGUGCCUUAUUGCUUCAGUUUCAGCUCCUAGAUUUGACUGGAAGCAUAUCCUUAAGGCAAUUUAUGGGAAAUCAGUUACGAUUGUGAUCUCUGGAACUUUAUCUUUUUUUAUAAAGAAGGGAAAUAGCGGUACAAGAUUGCUCUCAUCCUUUGCAUACAUAUGAGCAACGAAGUCAUUGUAUGAGCCAAAAUUCCAAUGUGGAACAAGCCCUCGUUUUACAAUCAGAAGUAACAUUUUAUUGACCAGUCCCAAGAAGAGGCAUUAAUGUUGUCCAUUGCAGAAUAUGCUUGUUCGUUAUUUAGGGAUGAAACAAUGAUUGUGGCAGACAAAGUAUAAACAAUUAUUUAACUUGCCACCCAUGCAAAUUGACAGCCUUCACAAAAUAUAGUUUAGGUGACACUCUUUAACUUGGCACCUUGGGAAUUUCAAACGAUUAAUACUCACUACAAGCAAUUGCUAUUCAACUUUAAAAUGUUCAUGGGAUUGGCAUGAGGAGAUAGGGAUGGCUAUAUUUCAAGGAGUGAACUCCAGGCGAAUCUUAAACGCAUGGAUACAAGUUAUGCCUUGGAAUGAAAGACAGUUCUGAAUCCACUUUGAUUUUUAUUAUUUUCUUUGCUUUUAAAAAAAUAUAUUUAUAUUUUCAAGGGGUGUUGCACUAUUCUACAUGCUUUUCAAACAACAAUAUGCUGUAAAUAGCCAUUUGAGAUUUCAGUUUGUGAUUUUGAAAAUUAUUA